GCAGGCUGCUGUGGCGUCGGCGCCCGGAGAAGGAGCUGCAGCCGCCGCCUUCUUGGACUCGCAAUCGGGAGGCCUUGUGGGAUCUGUAGUCCCGCCGCCUCGGGCCCGCCGGGGGAAGGAGGAGGAGGCGGAGGAGGAGGCAGGCACACCGCGCAGACCAUGCCCGGGUUCACGUGCUGCGUGCCAGGCUGCUACAACAACUCGCACCGGGACAAGGCGCUCCACUUCUACACCUUCCCGAAGGACGCCGAGCUGCGCCGCCUGUGGCUGAAGAACGUCUCCCGCGCCGGCGUCAGCGGCUGCUUCAGCACUUUCCAGCCCACCACGGGCCACCGCGUCUGCUCCGAGCACUUCCCCGGCGGGCGCAAGUCCUACCUGGUGCGCGUCCCCACCAUCUUCCCCUUGAGGGGGGUCAACGAGCGCAAAGGGCCCCGCGGAGCCCGAGGGGCCCGCGGGGCCCGCGGGGCCAGGAGACCCCGGCACGCCCCCGCCGCCCAAGCCGCUGCCCAGGCGGCCGCUCAAGUCGCCGCUCAAGCCGCCGCCGCCGCGCAAGCCGCGAUGCUGCUGACUUUGCAAGAGGGGGCGGCCGCCCAGCCUGGCCAGAGCCUCCUCAGGGCAGCAGCAGCAGCAGCAGGAGGAGGAGGUGGUAGUGGGGGCCCCGUCGGUCUCCCCGGGGAGGAUGUCAAGCCUAUGGACCUGACGGUGCAGGUGGAGCUCGGGGGUCCCGGGGCCCUCAUGGGGGCCCCGGUCCACCUGGCGUUCCUAGCUGACAACGGGCCACUGGUGGACGGCCCUCCGGAUCAUUCCUACUCGCUGUCUUCGGGCACCACGUCCGAGGAGCUGCUGCGCAAGCUGAACGAGCAGCGGGACAUCAUCGCCCUGCUGGAAGUCAAGAUGAAGGAGAUGAAGGGCAGCAUCCGGCGACUCCGCCUGGCUGAAUCCCAGCUGCGGGAGGAGAUCAGGGAGAAGGACCGCUUGCUCCAUGCCGCCAGCAUGGCUGGGGGGGCCCGCAAGCGCCACGGCCUCUGAGGCACCACGGCCUGCCGGGUCCCAAAUAUGCCUGGACAUGGGGGUCUUAACGGGGAGUGGAGGGGGGGGGAUGUUGCAUCAAAAAGACUUGCAGGGUGGGGAAAGCGGUUGUCAAGACAAAGCUCCAGGCAGCUGCCCGAAUGACAUGUUAGGCAGCUCUGCCCUGCCAUGGGGGAGUGACCAGUUUUGAGCCCCUGGUUCUCUGCUUCCAAAGCCCACCGGAUUUAAUUCACGGGACCUCAACGCGUGUCCUUAACAUUUAUCCCACCUAGAGAUUCUUGCUGCGAUACUUUUCAAAAGAUGGCCUGGAAUUCUGGUCACUGGCUUAUACUCCUCGCAUUAAACACUGGUCUGAGCGUAGUGGCAAGUCGGUGUAGCUGCUGUGGUACUCUGGAUGAUGCUGACUCGGUUGGAACGAAUCCCUUUUUAGCAUUGCCCUCAUGAAGCUAGACUGUUAGCGUCUGCCACCAGAUCCCAUGUUGUACAAAGCUAAUUUGGGGGAAAGAAACAGUUACUUUCUAGACAGGCACACCUGGGUUGUAAUCGUUCAUACUGGAGUAAGUGAAGAUGGCCAGGGUGCACUGUGUCACAGCGCUGUACCAGGAUUAUUCUGCGGGAAAUGUCAUUAAAAAAUCACAGCCAUCAGUGCAUUUAUCUUUCCUUUUUAUGAAAGGGAGUUGUAGGCAUUUCUUCUCCCCCUGCCGCCCAGAACCUUUUGAUGCAGCGUGUGCCAUUUUUAUUGUCAAAACGAAUCCUUAAUAUUUAAACGAGGAUAUCAGGAGGAUGUUUGUUAUCUCCAUAUUGCCGUUGGGAGUUACUGUUUUGGUUCUAUUCCUCUUUCAGCUGACAAAGUUAUUGCAGCUUUCCUGUCAUUUCAUGAAUCCAUGUCCUUCUGGCCAUGCUUGUUUCAGUUUUCAACAAAUAUAUUUUUCCUUUGGAAAACCUGUGAGGACAGUAGCCUUCCUUUAUAUUUUUCUGGGGUGUAGUCUCCUUAGCAUAAGAGCAAUGAGGUUAACCUCCCAAAAUUAUGCAUACUUUCUUACUUCUGAAUCCACCAUAUUUCCUCAAAUCUUGAAAAAAAAUUCCACGCAUACAUUGAAAACUGAGCUUGAGAGGAAUGGGUGCAGAGUUCAAGUCCUAAGCAGUUUUUUCACCUUGACAUUCUCCAGAUGCAUUGAAACUACAACUUUUAUAAUCUUUAAUCAUAACAUCAGGUAGCUUACUAGUGGCUUGGUUGUAGUGUGAUACAACUUUAUUUGGGGAAGUCAGUGGUUACCUUAUAUUUCUGUAAAACUGUUGCCAUUUGUCUUAAAAGAUAUGUGAGGAAGCAGAAGGACUUAACUUUUGCCAAGAAAUGAUAUUAAUUUUUUUUGCAUCCAUCCACCUAUGGUAGAUACGUAAUGCCUCUCUUUGGAAUAUAUUUCAAAUACGUACCAUAAUACAUUGUUUUCUCAGCUCUUUAGGAGAUACCAAACUUUUGGUUAAAUUGAAAGGAAGGAAACAUUAAAACAUAAGGUGAGGGUAUUUUUUUUCUAAGUUGUGACUUUUUUGAGUCAUCUUAUUAAUAAGCGCAUUGACUUUUGCAUUUCCAGGCUUAAAUGUUUCUUUUGUUGGAGCUGUUGUGACUUGAUGACACUGAUGAGGAACAGAAUGGCCAGCUGUCCAAUUU